GCGAUUCAGUCGCGAAUUUUUAGCCAACACUUAUACCAAAAUAACAAAUCACAAAAAAGAACAGCAGCAACAAAAGCUACAAAGUAGCAGUAAUCCUAACGCCAAACCCAUUCGAAUGGAUACCAAUGUUCAACGAAAUGAAGUGCUUGUUCUAGGUAACAAUUUACCCGGUGGACUGAUAACAACAAAAAAUAAAUCUUCAAAGGCUGACGAAGAUCGACCUGUAUUUAAGAAACCACUUGCUCCACCGAAAAAGUCAUUAUUAGGAUUAGAUGAGUUGGCACGAAAAAAACGAUUGGCUGACGCAGAAGCAGCAGCAGCAUCUAACCAUUCUGAACCUACAGGCAAAAAGAGAAGGGUGAAUUUAAGCUGGGAUGUUGAAGAAAACUACAACAAGGAUACUAUAGAUGAUACAACCGAUGCCGAUGUGAAUUCAACAGCAAAAAUUGAAAAGCGUCGACACUAUCGGUCACAUAGAGAAGAAUUACCUCCAGCGACAACUAAAGAUAGCGAUCGCUCAACAACCUCUAUAAGCAGAAUGGACGAUAAAUACAGAAAAGAUAAAGAAAGGAAUACAAAGGACGACGACGACGAUGACGACGCAAGCAGAAACCGACAAAGCCGUGAUGUAGAUAGACAUUAUAGAGGAGAUGAUAGGAGUUACCGUAAUAGAGCUGAUCGUGAUGAAAGAGAUAGAUAUCGUGACAACGACAGACUUGAAGGAUCCCGCUACGAUAAUAGACAUAGAGACAGAGAUAGGCAUAGCAGAGACAAAGACAAUGGGUUCAAAACACCAGGCAGUAUCAGUAGUAGCAGCAGUAGCAGAAGGCCGUUUACUUCCAGUGGUGGUACACCUCGACAUCUUGAAGGAAGCGGUACAGAAACACCUCGUCGACGAGGAGGGCUCAUCAAGCGUAGUCAAUGGACCAAUGUAACACCUCGCGACCAAGCUGCUUUUACUCCUCGUCGUGCCUUGACAGGUAAUAUAACGCCUCGACACGAUAGUGGCUACACGAGUCGUCGAAACAUAGGCGCUGCUACUGCUGCCAUUCGUAAAACAUGGGACAGCAUGACACCCGCUGUACGAUCCACUGCCUACGACGAAGUAGCUUUAGAAUACCCAGAAGAGUUUGAAGGUGAUGAAGAGGAUCGUAGAAAGUGGGAAGAAGAGCAAGCACAAUUAGAUCGUGAAUGGUAUCAAAUGGAGGAUACAGGCGCAGCGGAUCUCACGCAUAAUAUUUUUGCGGAUUAUGAAACGCAUGACAAAUCGAAAGAAGAUGAGCUAGCCCAGAAGCAGAUGAAGAAGUUGUCAGCGAGACAAGCACAGUAUAAUCGAGACACUGAUAUGUGGGAAGCAAGUCGUAUGUUGAGCUCAGGUGUUGCUCAAAGAAUUGAAGUAGAUACUGAUUUUGAUGAUGAUAAUGAGAACCGUGUUCAUUUGUUAGUGCAUGACGAAAAACCUCCUUUCUUAUCUGGACGUAUGGUGUUUACAAAACAACUGGAAGCUGUCCAACAUAUCCGUGACCCUACUUCUGAUAUGGCUAUUAUUGCUCGAAAAGGUAGUCGAUUGGUUAGAGAAAAGCGAGAGCAAGCUGAACGUAUGAAGGCGACCAAAUUAGAUAUGGCUGGCACCACUCUUGGUAAUGUCAUGGGUAUUAAGGACGAGAACAAGAAUGAAGAAGAAUCUAAAAACCGUGAUGAUGAUGAUGUGAAGGGCGACUCCAAGUUUGCUUCCCACCUAAAAGCAUCUGAGGCUGCCAGUGAUUUCGCAAGGACGCGUACUAUGCGUGAACAACGUGAAUUUUUGCCUGUAUUUGCCGUACGUGAAGAGCUACUUCGAGUUGUGCGUGAUAACCAGGUUGUAGUCAUCGUCGGUGAAACAGGUUCUGGUAAAACGACCCAAUUAACGCAAUACUUACAUGAAGAUGGAUAUACAAAGUACGGUAAAAUUAGUUGUACUCAACCACGUCGUGUAGCUGCCAUGUCUGUCGCCAAGCGUGUUGCGGAAGAAAUGGGUUGUGAGCUGGGUGAUAAAGUGGGUUAUACCAUUCGUUUUGAGGACCAAACGUCAGAAAACACUUUAAUUAGAUACAUGACAGAUGGUAUUCUGCUACGUGAGUCAAUGAAUUCUCCCGAUUUAGAUCAGUACAGUGCCAUUGUCAUGGAUGAAGCUCACGAACGUGCUUUGAACACUGAUGUGCUCAUGGGUCUGCUAAAGAAGAUUUUGGCAAGGAGACGUGAUUUGAAAUUGAUUGUUACCUCUGCUACCAUGAAUGCAGAUAGAUUUUCGCAAUUUUUCGGCAAUGCGCCUUGCUUUUUUAUUCCCGGUCGUACCUUUCCAGUGGAUAUCAUGUUCAGUAAAACGUCUUGUGAAGAUUAUGUGGAUAGUGCUGUGAAGCAAGCUUUGGCUAUUCAUCUAUCGCAACCUGCUGGCGAUAUUUUGAUCUUUAUGACAGGUCAGGAAGAUAUCGAGGCAACAUAGCGUAUGGAACAGCUGGAUAAUCCACCUCCGUUGGCUAUUUUACCCAUUUAUUCCCAAUUGCCAGCGGAUCUUCAGGCCAAGAUUUUCCAGAGAGCGGAAAAUAACGCGCGAAAAGUCAUUGUCGCCACCAAUAUUGCUGAAACUUCACUGACCGUUGACGGCAUCAUGUAUGUAAUCGAUAGCGGUUACUGUAAAUUGAAGGUUUAUAAUCCUAGGAUUGGUAUGGAUGCCUUACAAGUGACACCCAUCAGUCAAGCCAAUGCUAAUCAGCGUAGCGGUCGUGCUGGUAGAACAGGCCCAGGUGUUGCUUACCGACUGUAUACUGAAGAUGCUUAUAGAAAUGAAAUGUUUGUUAAUACGAUUCCAGAAAUCCAGCGUACCAAUUUAUCAAGUGUGCUACUACAACUGAAGUCUCUUGGCGUCAA